AGGAGGACCCGCAGAACUUUAUAGAUGAGAUGCUGCGGACUCUGAGGAUUAUACAUGCUUCUGACACAGAGUCCGUAGAGUUGGCUUCAUACAGGCUGCGGGAUGUGGCAGUCCUAUGGUACAGCAGUUGGAUAUCCUCGAGGGGAGCAAAUGCACCCCCUCCGGUUUGGCAGGAGUUCACUGAGGCUUUCCUACGACAUUUCCUACCGCCAGAGGUUCGACGGGCUCGAGCCGAUAUGUUCCUGAACCUUAGACAGGGAAAUAUGAGUGUUCGGGAAUACAGUCUUCGUUUCAACUCACUGGCCAGAUAUGCCCCAGCUAUGAUAGCAGAUAGGGGAGAUCAUGUGCACCGUUUCGUGAGUGGGCUAGGGCCACAUUUGGUUAAAGAAUGCUUGACGGCCUCACUCCAGGACGGGAUGACUAUUACCCGUAUCCAGGCCCACGCCCAAAAUCUGGAGGAGCAAUAUCAGCCGCGGAGAGAAGAGCGCUAUCCAGACAGGGGUUCCCGAAAGAGAGGCAGGUUUUCCAGGACCAGAAGUGAGUAUAGAGGGGGACAGACACAGGGGCAAUUCGGGUACUCAGACCAGCCGGUAGCCAGUGCACCUCCUCGAGUUGCAGAUAGGGGAUUUGACCGUCCUACGGAUUCGGGGGCAGGGCAGAGCACCAGAGCUCCGGGAUACCAGUAUAGAGAUGAUUCCAGUAGAAUGAUGCCACCCCCGCCACGGUGUACUCGGUGUGGCAGGCCACACUCAGGACAGUGUUACCGGGAUACAGGUGCGUGCUAUGCUUGUGGACGGGCCGACCAUUUGAUGCGAGAUUGUCCGCUACGGAAUGAGGGGGGCAGAACUCAGCCAGCCGGAUCAGCGAUCGGUUCAUCGUCAACCGUGCGCCCUCGUGGACAGAUUUCUCAGGCCCCAACGGGCCGCGGCCGAGGUAGAGGAGGGGCACCUAGUUUAGCCGGUCCUCCACACCGUAUAUAUGCACUGACAGGACGACAGGACCCUGAGCCUCCCGCGGACGCGGCCACAGGUCAGCAGACAGGUGGACGCGAUCUUUAGGAGCUUACCAGCAGUACCCCACAGUGCUCCAGUUGUUCCGGAGCUUUAUCUCAGCGGUACUAUUCUGUAUAUGUAUAUUCGGGCACGAUAGUACUCGGCCCUUUCUAUGUAUAAGUAUACUAUGUCUAGAGGCUCGUAGACAGAUAUG